AUGUUACAAGACGAAAAACAUCCUCUCAUCAUCUCACGGACACAUCAUGUUGCCACUCUGCUGGUAAGACAUUAUCAUGAGCAAGUGGCUCACCAAGGCCGUCAUUUUUCAGAUGGAGCUAUUCGAGCAGCAGGCUUCUGGAUUAUUGGGAGCAAACGUCUGGUCUCUGGUGUCAUUCACAAGUGUGUCACCUGCCGCAAGGUUAGAGGGAUGUUAGUUGACCAAAAAAUGGCUGACUUGCCUGCAGACAGACUCACAUCUGAACCACCAUUCACCAGCGUUGGACUUGAUGUGUUUGGACCAUGGAAUGUCAUAACUCGUCGCACUAGAGGUGGUAGUGCAGACUCCAAGCGCUGGGCGGUGCUCUUUACAUGUAUGUCUACUAGAGCAGUCCAUAUCGAGCUUAUCGAAUCCAUGUCCACAUCCAGCUUCAUCAACGCGCUGAGGCGUUUUUUCGCUAUCCGUGGUCCAGCAAAAGUGCUAAGGUCUGAUCGAGGUACAAACUUUAUAGGUGCCUGCAGGGAACUGGGUAUCGACACAAAUGACUCAGAACUGACUAAAUACCUCUCAGAUAAGGGAUGUACUUGGAUAUUUAAUCCUCCACACUCGUCUCAUAUGGGUGGUUCUUGGGAGAGACUCAUUGGGGUUGCCAGACGUAUUCUUGAUGCUAUGCUGUUUCAGACGGGCUCCACUCAUCUCACACAUGAGGUCUUGAGCACUCUUAUGUCUGAAGUUAUGGCAAUAAUCAAUGCGAGACCCUUAGUGUCAGUAUCAACCGACCCUGACAUGCCUACCUGACAUGCCUACCUGACAUGCACACCCUCAAUGUUACUUACACAAAAGACCAGCGCUACCUCAGCCCCUUCCGGAUACUUCAGCAUGAACGACCUUCAUGGAAAACAGUGGAAGCAAGUCCAGUGUCUCGCUGACACCUUUUGGAAAAGGUGGAGACAGGAGUACCUGACAACGCUGCAGAGACGCAGAAAAUGGACAGCAGAAAAGCCAAAUGUAAAAGUGGGAGAUGUUGUCUUAUUGAAAGACAGUCAGGCACACAGAAAUGACUGGCCAGUCGGGCUUGUGGUAAAAACCUUUCCCAGUACUGACAAAAAGGUUAGGAAAGUAGAACUAAAAAUUGUCAAGCAAGGAGCUGCUAAGGUGUUUCUGAGACCAAUCUCAGAGAUUGUUGUUCUUCUUUCUGAAGCAUCCUAGAGACAAAAGAUACAAAUAGAAAGGACAUUAUUUGUUUCUUGAUAUGUUUUAUUUAAUAGUGGCACAAUUUCAUUAUACCAGGCGGGGAGUGUGCUGCCAUCCUGUUAGAAGGUAACAGAUUAUUUUAUUACAAUGGUUAAAUUGGAUUUUCAUUGUGUUCAAUGGUGUUAUUUGCCCCCUAGUGGCGCUUUCUGGUACUUAGAAAGACAAC